CGACAGCGAUGAAACAAACGGCGACGCUUGAGCGGCUCACUAUUUCGGCAUUUUAAGUACAACUAAGUGCCAUUCGCGCAUGCCUUUCAUUGGUAGAAGUAAACGGUGACUUAACAACUAUUUCCUAGUGUUAAAUAAUUAAUAUUUAAAAAAAUACAAAUAAAUAGUAAAAUCCAAAUAAAAAAGAUUUUUAUUUAAUAAAGUGGCAGCUAGCUGCUACGCUAAGAAGGCAAACGCGAGGAAAGUUUGUAGAAAAGUGUCUUAAAUGCAUACGGAUAUUAUAAUUGGCGAUCAAUUUGUGCCAUCAGCAAAUUAUUGGGUAAUGCAGUCCCCCGAAUUUGACUAUCGGCAUGAGCUGAUGGGUCGUUUGCACAAAAUCGAGCCAGACGUUGAACUUGAAGUAUUAUCCGCCGCCGCGCCACACCACCACCACCAUCACCAUCACCUGCACCAUCAUCAGCAUCAUCAUCAGCAUUUGCAUCAGCAUCAACACCAGCAUCAAUUGUUUUCGCCGCAAAGUAAUCAUAGUGGCAGUAAUACGCUCGAUCAUUGGCAGCAGCAUCAACAGCAGCUGCAUCACUCUGCCACCACCUCCGCCAUCACCGCUGCCAAUAGUAGCAACAGUGGUAGCGGUAGCAAUCAUGAACAUGCAACUUAUGUUCAACACUCAUCGGCAUCCACCUCGGUUGUGGUGUCGGCAUCGACAACGGUUACAGCACUCUCGCAGUCAACAUCCUCUGCCUCAGUUGGCGCUGGCGCUGUGCAACAAAAUGCCGCGUCAUCAUCCUCAACAUCCGCCUCGGCUAGUGAUAAUCGCGCCGAUACUUCAAACUCUCCGCAUGCGAGUGCGAAUGUGUCAUAUGCGGGUUGUGCGUCUGCGUACGACAGCAGUGCGGCAGUGGCGUAUGAAAUAGCCAGCGCCUAUGGUGCGACGGCGUCGGCGACCGCAGUGUCGGUACCCGAUAAGGAAUAUUUAUUUGAUACCAAAAACAAAGAGGCUCUUUGCAAUCCCUACGCUGACCUCGAUGAUCCCUACCAACGGCCAGCGCUGUGGGAGGAUAUCGCCAGCUCAAUACAAAAUAUCGAUCCUGAGAAUGCGCUCAUGCUCGGCUCAAGCUCAAGUUCAACGGUGGCCGGUGGCGCGACAUCACACUUAGCGCUCAUCGGUGGUGGUGGCGGCAACAGCAGCAGUGGCACUAGCAAUGCCGGCAGCAGUGGCUUGGAUGCGACCAACACACUGCUGCCACAAGUGAAAAUGGAGGCACUCGAUGAUACGUUGCUGGAAACAUUGUCCACCCCAUUGCUCAGUCCCAUGGAGAUCAAGACGGAAAAGCCAGCGCUACAGCAACACACACACCUGCAUGCACAACAACAACAACAGUAUGCGCACUAUCAACUGCCAUCACAGCACCACCACCAUGGGCAGCAGCAGCAGCAGCAGCAGCAGCAGCAGCAGCAGCAGCAUCUGCAGCAACAACACCAGCAACACCUCUAUCAACACCAUCCCAGUUUAGGUGGCAAUAGCGGCAUUGCAGAUGUUGCUCUCGCCAACGGUGAUGAUACUAUAACGCUAAUGCAAUUGCAUCAGCAACACCAGCAACAUCAUCAGCAGCAGCAGCAACAUAUGUCCGCCUCCUUGCAUAGCAGCAAUAGCAAUAGUCCUAAUCAACCAAAUCGUUGCAGUAGCACCGCGAGCAGUCACAAUGCUGAGCUGAGUGGCAGCAGUAGUGGUGCAGGUGUUAGUGGCGCCUUAAAUGGCAGUGAUAAUAAUAAUAGCAAUAAUAUUUCCUAUCAACAAUAUGCAUCUCAACAACAACAACAACAACAUCAACAUUUAAGUAGCAACAAUAAUUAUCUCAAUGAUGGCGGUGGUUGUGGUGGUAGCAGUGGUUCCUCCUCUGCGGCGAAUGUGACAAUCAGCACGUCCGUAACGUUGACCAACUUAACAGCGGCAACGUCGCUGGAUGGCAAUGCGGGCAAUAAUAAUAAUAAUAACAAUAACGCCACAAUGAAUAACAACUUGAAUGCAGGCUACGGUUAUAGUUGGCACAGCAAUCAGCCGUAUCACCACAAAUACCAAAUACCGCCACCACCUCUAACAAACUCAACGCUGCACCAGCAGCAGCAACAACAACACCAGCCAUCACAAUCAAAUCCGCAACUUUGCCCACCUGCAGCACCAACCGGCAAUUCAAUGUCAACGCGACACAUAUUCGUACCGCCAUUGACGCCGCCCAGCUCAGAUCCCGGAAGUCCGGGUAGUUCAAUGGUUGCCGCGGUAGCGGCUGCAGCAGCAGCGGCGGCGGCGGCGGCGGCAGCUGCGGCGAAUAAUGGCAGCAGCAAUGCCCAACAACAGUCAGCGAAUCGACGCACUACACCACCGCCACCUUAUCAACAGCAGCAACAACAACUGCUACAACAGCAACAGCAACAACAACAGCACCAACAUCAGAAUCAACAUCAACAUCAACAUCACCAACAGGGUCGUCCACUUUCAAGUAUUUGCCCCAACAUUUUAACACUGCACUCGAGCACGAAUGGCACGACAACAAUGACGCCACUACACCCCUCCGUACACCAUUUAAGUCCAGGACGUACGCUCACCACGCUCGGCUCUAAUGGUUGCGGUAUUGGCGUUGGCAUCGAUAUCGGCAGUGGACUGCAUGGUGUCAACAGCAAUGGUAUCGGCGGCGGCGUCGGCGGUGGCAGUGGUAGUGGCCUUAUGGGUAACAGUCGGGGGCGAGGACGUGGUAACGGUGCUAGUACACCGGCACACCUGGCAAAUUUGAUUGUGCCAACGAUACGCACGGUGCGCUAUAAUCGGCGUAACAACCCGGAGUUGGAGAAGCGGCGCAUACAUCAUUGCGAUUUUGAGGCUUACCGACAUGUGUUACAUGUGCAUGUGUCUGUCAUGUACGUACAUGGCUUUCUAGCAGACAGUCAACAACAAAAACAACAACAACAACAAACUGUAUAUUACAAGUUUAAUGCAACCCGCGAGGCGUUUAGUCGCAAAUGCAUACAGAUGUAUGUAAUGCAGAGCGACAGUUAG